AUGUCUAUUAAAUUAUUAUUAGUAUUAUCUAUAUCUAUAUUUAUCUUAUUUUCACCGAUUAUUAAUGCUUUGAUUCCAACUACUGAUCCUCAAUAUUCAGUAUUGAAUAGUAUAUCAUCUGCAGCAUCGAAUCAACAAUCACAAUGGACAUCAAAUGAUAUUCAACAAUGUACAGCUAGAGGGGUACUAUGUAAUACUGAUAAAACAAAAGUUAUAUCAUUAGUAUUAGAUGAAUGGUAUACAGGUAAAUUAAUAAGUGAUAUAUCACAAUUAUCAUCACUUCAAGUACUUUAUCUUAAAGGUAAUGGAAUAGGUUCGACAAUGAGUAUUCCUACACUCCCAAAAUCUUUAAACUAUAUCACUAUUAUCAAUACUUUAUUUCAAGGUAUUGUUCCUAGAUCAAUAUCAAGUUCAUCUUUAGUUUCAUUAACAUUAAGUAAUAACAAAGGAUUAACUGAUAUGUCUACCGUUGAUUUCCUGUCAGCAUCAUUAAAUCAAUUAAAUUAUAUAAACAUUACAAAUAAUAUCAAUAUUAAAUCAAUGUUACCAAAUUUGGCUGAUUUUAAUAGAACUGGAACAAUAAUAAUAAGUGGUAAUGGAUUUACAGGAGGAUUACCCAGUUUAUUUAAUUUAAUAUUCUUUGAUAGUGGUAAAUUAAAAGCAACGGUUGACCUUUCAAAUAAUAGAUUACAAGGUGUCGUUCCACCCUAUGCCUAUUGUAUUUCAAAAUCAAAUUCAUCCAUUUUAAAUCUAAGUGGAAAUAUAUUCUCAUCGACUGGACUGUGUAAUCCCAACCUCAAUGUCAUCUCUCCCAAUCAAUUUACAGAUGUUGGUACCGGGUUCUUGGUCUAUGGUGUUGCUUUUAAUGAAAUUGUAUCCAUUUAUGAUGAUGUUGGUCCUUUAUCUUGUUCAUCUUGGAUUUCUAUUUAUUCAACUAUAAAUUGUAAAUUUAAUAGAUUUAAAGCAUCAUCAACAGGAUAUCAAACGAUUUAUUAUGGACCUGAUAAACAACCAUUUUAUUUACCAUUACAACCACCCAUUGUUGAGAGUGCAACAACUGUUAGUUCAAAGACUGGUGGUCAAAUUACAGUGGUAGGAUACAACUUUCCACCAGUCAUGACAUCUCUUUUAAUUACAGUCGAUAAUGUACCAUGUAAAAAUACAAAAUAUUCACUCUCACAACCCGGUCAUGGAAAAUUGAUAUGUUUGGUAGCUCCAUCAUUGAAAACAAUCACAGAUCCACGUGCAUCCCUUCAAGCAACUAUCAUCAAUCCAAAUAAUCCAUCAUCAAAUUUUACUGGUUCAAAUUAUAACUUUUUAUUAUAUCAAGAUGUAUUAUUAGGAUGUUUAAAUAAUUGUAAUGGUAAUGGUGAAUGUGUUAUGGGUCAAUGUAAAUGUAUUGAUAGUUUUACAGGUCCAAAUUGUUCAAUACCAGUUCGUGAUGUACCAAGUUUGAUUGAAUCAUUCUUGAGUAACGAUACUAGUAACGGACCAUCAAUUAUUGCAAAGAUUGGAAAUGCAACCAUUCAAAUACAAAUGACAUCUGUACAAGAGUACAAUGUAGAUGGUGAUGUAGUUAAAAAUAUAUCACUUGCAACCAACAAGAUUUGGUACAAGACUAUACUCUAUGCUUCAUCCAAUUCCUACUAUUUCUAUGGUUCAAUCAAUGGUGGGAAGACAAAUAUAUCGGCAUCUGUACAAUUAUUUAGUAAUGAUACGGUUUAUGUAUUUGGUAAUGAAAAAAGUAACAUUUCAAGAGGAUCCAUUAAAUUUUCAUUUAAUAUUAGUAAUUGGGAUUGGACAAGUACAAUUAGUACUUUACAAGUACUUUAUUCAACAAGUAUAAAUAUUAAUGGAACACUAGGAGGAAGUACUUCUUCAUCUUCUUCUUUACCAUCAAAUUGUAAACCAAACAACAAUCGAUUAGAUCUUCAACAAGUGAAUGAUCCAUUGGUUCAAGAUUCAUUAAAAUAUGCGUCAUUUAAAAAUCGUCAAUUUGUUGUCAACUCGAGAUUCACUAAUCGUGCCAUUAUCGAUGGUCGAUUCCUAAAUAUUAAAAACAAAAUAGCCAACACCUCGUCAGAACGUACAACCUAUGGUAUACUAGUUCCACAUUUUGAAUCGAGUGCACAAAUUGAUCCAGACUUUUCAUUGAUACUCAGUGACAAUGCUGACAUUAACAAUAAUGGAGAUGACACUUUUACAUGCUCGACAGCUGGUGGUUUGAGUACAGUCAAACUUGUAUCAAUUGUAGUAGUAUGUGGAUUAUUUAUAGUGUCGUUGGCAGUUGGUACCAUCAUUUAUGUAAAGUUUAAAAAAAGAGAAUUAAAAUCAAAACGUAGAGUUCGUAAUGCUACCAAUGCCUACCUUGCAUCAGUUGCUCAAUCAACCAACACUGCCACCACCGCAGGUUCAUCAUCUUCCUAUUCAUCUUCAUCCUCUUCAAUCACUGUGACAACCUACCCAUCAUCCUACUCUUCAACAGCUUCAUCUUUUAUGGGUCAUGGUCAUAUUGAUAAUACUACACCAUCUCCCACUCCACCAGGUUCAGCAUUCUUUAUGAAUUAUUAUUUAAAUCAACAACCUCCAGAUUUAGACAAUAAUAAUAAUAAAUCACAACCUCCCAAAUAA